AUGCCUCCAUCCCUCCCGGACUUCUCAAAAUCACAUGGAAAUCCAGACGAGAACGGCGAGGACUGGAUGACUCUUCAACCACACCAAUCCAAUGACGAGCCCAUCAGCCAGAGCGAUAAAACCUCACUCAAAGUCGAUAUGUAUGUUGGCGAGAAAUUCUUCCGAACCGUCGAGCCAAAUUGUUUCGAUCCAGACGUACGUAUAGCAGAAAUGAAUGCUACAGGCGUCGACAUCCAGGUCAUCAGCACCGUACCCAUCCUAUUCUCAUACGACAAGCCAGUUGAGCCUGCUGCCGCUUUAGCUCAAUACUUGAACGACCACAUUUCGUCUGUCUGUCGUGACCGACCAAGUCGGUUUGUAGGGUUGGCAACGGUUCCCCUACAAGACGUGUCCAGUUCGGUGGCUGAACUAAAGCGCGCGAAGAACGUGCUCGGACUGAAAGGUGUGGAAAUUGGGACGGAGAUAAACGGACAUAAGCUGGAUGAUCCAGAUUUUGAACCCUUCUGGGCGGCGUGUGAGGACUUGAAUUUUCCGAUCUUCGUGCACCCGUUGGGAUACGAGCUUGAAAGGGAGAAUAAGAAUAGAUGGGGAAGUUAUUGGUCUGCGUGGCUAGUUGGGAUGCCGAGCGAGACAGCACUCGCGAUGCACGCAAUAAUCUCAUCGGGUGUUUUAGUUCGGCACCCCAAGUUGAGAUUCUGCUUUGCGCAUGCUGGAGGAGCGUAUCUUCCUCUCCUUGGACGAAUUCAACAUGGUUAUGAUUGUCGGCCAGAUCUGGUGGCGCAUAGCUCGCAAGGACUAUCACCAGAGAACUAUCUCCAGUCGCAUCAGCACAAUAUUUGGAUUGAUAGUCUGGUGCAUGAUCCGGACUUGCUUGAGUAUAUCUGUAAAAAGAUUGGGCCUGACCGGGUCAUUAUGGGAAGUGAUUAUCCUUUUCCACUUGGUGAGAUGCCGGUUCCUGGGAAGAUGUUGGUUAGUGAUCAACAAGUGAAUAAGCUGUUUUCGCCUGAGGUGAGGGCAAGAAUGCUUUCAGGAAAUGCGAUUGAAUUUCUCGGGUUGCAGGAUAUUGUCAAGAAGAAUUACAAGUCACAUUGA